UCUUUCCCUUUCACCAGCUCUACAAUAAAUACUAAACUCACUCACGCAUUGCUUUCUCUCUCUUUCUUACUCCUCGCUCAACUCACUUUCUCUCUCUCUCUCUCUCUCUCUCUCUCUCUGGUGCUUUAAGAGAACUUCCCUUCAGAUCUGAUCCCCAGCAACAAAGAUUCUUAAACUUGUUUUUAGAAGAACUGAGAGAGCAUGGGUCGCGGAGUUAGCAGCGGUGGAGGACAGAGUUCCUUGGGCUAUCUGUUUGGCAGUGGAGAGGCUCCUGCUCCUAAACCUGUCCAAACUAAUGUUGAAGCUGCUCCAAGUGAAGCGCCAGCUGUGAAUAAUUCACCUGCUCCCAAACCUGCUGUGGCUUCUCCACCAGUAGAUGUUACCAAGCAGAUCCCUGCUGGUAUCCAUAGUACUUCUACAAAUAACUACAUGCGAGCAGAUGGUCAAAACACUGGGAAUUUCAUCACGGAUCGGCCCUCUACUAAGGUCCAUUCUGCCCCUGGUGGUGGAUCUUCUCUGGGCUACCUCUUUGGUGGAGGACCGGCUGGUGGUGGCGGUAACUGAGAUAUGCUGGCAUAUCUGCAAAAUGGAAGUACUGUUUAUUGAUUUUUGUGGAACCUGUAAUUUGGACGAAGUAGUGCUGUCUUCUUUUAUGUAAACAAUGAAAACUUGCUGGGGUCAUUUUAUGUAAUAUAUUGGUUUUGUGGUUGUUUGGAUAAUUCAAUCAAGAGUUCCUUAUUCUAUAUGCAUAAAUAUUUGUUACAAAGCUCAGUUACUGUUAAGCACAAAGUUACAUUUAAUGCAUAAUUGUUUCA